GAAAGAUUACAUUAGACUAAAACAGAAAAAAAAAACACGUAUAAUAACAAAAAAAAAAUGAAACCAGAAUUAAUUAUAUUUAUAUUUAAAAUGUAAAACAAAAGUCCCGUGUUUUAUGAUCUACAAGGUCAUCCCACUAGUACUAAACGAGACGCCAUUUUGUAACGAUGCAAUGGCGCGAUCCCCUCGCAGCGCGUCAGUCGCCCGUCGCACGCUGUCUGUGUUGAAAGCCGUUACGUUAUACAAACUUAACAUAUAUAUUUAUAUGUACAUACAAUGGUGACUAUGCAGUUCGAAUACGACCCAGAACGUCUCAUAGAGGAGAUCAAAAAACGUCCGGGUAUAUGGGAUUUUGACAACAUAGAAUACAGGACGAAAAGCACACGGCAUAAGUUAUGGACAGAUGUUGUAAACGAGCUUAUAACAAACGAUGUUAUGAUAACGAAGAGCGAUCGAAGAGAGCUAGAAAUACAACUACAAAAGAAAUGGAAAGGCAUCAGAGACUGUUUCCAAAAAUACAUAACGAAUCCUAACAAAUCAAAACGUCCGUACUUAUAUAGCAGACAAUUGCAAUUCCUACUCAAAGACGCAAAGGGCACGCAAAACAACGAAGCCGGUUCCAGCGAAUCAGAGGAAGUUCGGACUAAGACUGUAUGGAAACCUAUGAAAAAACUACGUCUAAAGAAAGAGAGCUUUAGUGAGGAGUAUCAAGCGGUGAAAAGUAUCGACAACGAUGGUUAUCGAUCCAACGAGGAAGUAUCGAUGGAGGUGCCAGUAAAACAAAGCAGUGGGCACAAUAAAAAUGCAACAGAAGAAUUUGCCUUCGCGUGUGUAGACUCACAGAACAGAACGGAACAGGAAGAUCCAGACAAACUUUUCCUUUUAUCACUACUGCCACAUAUGAAGACAAUACCAGAGGAGAUGCGUCUAAACGUGAAGAUGGACAUCAUGCAAGUACUGAGAAAUGGAAAUUAUCAAGCCGUUUCCGGACACGAUAUAAUUUGACCAACACGAAUAUAUAACUACGACUUGGUGUUAAAUAUGAUGCUCUUAAAAAGUGCAGUGCGGUUAAGGGUACAUUAUAAAAACCAGCAAUUGGUAUGGUAAAUCUUGUUCCAGUGGAGGCAGAUAUAAGUAAUCCAUUUUCAUAAAUGCAACAUGACUUUCUGUAUAUUUUUAAAUAAGCUAAUACUAAUACAUUUUUAAACCUUUAUAUAA